AUGCGUGACUUUGAGACUAUAGGAGUCAGGAAAUUUUUUAACGGGCACAUCGAGGAUGCGGAGUGCAUACUGAAGCAAGAGGCGCUUGAUUUUAUAGUUCAGGAAGUAACGCCCUCCAGAGUAUGCGGGAUACUUCCCAUUGUUGACCACGGGAAGUUUCUUGAUGGGAAGGAGGCAUUAGGAUCUGUUGAGGGCCUGGGCAAUGAAGAGAAAGAGCACCGCACUGCAAUACAUAGGAAGUUGAAGUACUACCCGUUUGUAAAAGCAAAGACCGUUGAUGGAAGGAUCUGCCUUGAGCAGACGGACGUGGACGUGUACUGCUUCGUUCUGCAGAAAGUGAUGUUCAACACGAUUGAUGCAGGGAAGUGGAUCUGCAGGAGACUUGGAGUCCCAGAGAGCUCGUUCCAAUUUGCAGGCAAUAAGGACAAAAGGGCUGUUACGUUCCAGGAGGUUACGGUUAAGUGCUCGUUUAUGAGGCUUUACAGACUUGCUGUGGAGUUAAGCAGGGAGACCGAUGCCUUUGAAUGGGAGAACUUCAUUGCAGAAGGAUAUGGGAAGAAAGAUAUCGAAGACUUCAACAGAAAAAUUGAAGAAGAGAUUCUUGCAACAACAGGAGUGGACCCGAAGGAAUGGAAGAAAGAGCUUGAGGAUGAUGGAGAAGAGGCCAAAGAGAGAGUUGGCGAAAUUGAGUGCAGUGAGCUGAGUAGAUGGGAUAAGGUGAAGUCUUCAAUAAAGAUCUUUGACAUCAAGAAGUCUUCUGCAAAGAAGCUAGGAGACUUGAGGGGAAACAGGUUCAGCAUAGUGCUGAAGGGAUUUAGAGAUAGGGAGUUGGUAAGGAACCUGGAAAAAGGAUUUCUGAAUUACUUCGGACAACAGCGAUUUGGAAACAAGCUAAGGAACCAUGAGAUAGGAUACGACAUUUUGACAAGGAAAUAUGAAGAAGCCAUCGACAAGAUUAUGAGGGGAGGGAAGUGCUAUGAGCUUUAUGUGGCCGGAAGAUAUGAGGAGGCCCUGGGUCUUGGGGACAGCACGGAGAAGUAUGUUCUGAAAUGCAAGUCCAAAGGGAUGAAGGAAAAGGACAUAGUUUAUGGAUUACGCAGAGAACUCCGAAUGCUAUAUCUACACUCAUACCAGGGCCUAAAGUUCAACGAAGCAAUCAAUGCCCGGAUGGAGCACGGAGCAAGGGUUAUUGAGGGGGAUACAGUCUGUGUGAAUGGGGAGAUCAAGGUUGUGAAGCAUCCUGAGGAGUUCAGCAUAUUCGACGUGGUCCUGGGACUAGAGAAGCUGGACAACAAAAUGCUAAAGGGAGGAUAUAGAAGGAUGGUAGAGAGGGCUUAUGACGUCACUGUAGACGAGUUUAAUGACAGGACCGUGGUCAGGUUUACCUUGAACAGUUCAUGCUAUGCCACGAUGGCGCUGAGAGAAGUGAUCGGAAAUUCCGUACUGAAUAAAGGAAGAGUCUAA